GUGUCGCGCUGAAAUUGAGCCGAAUAGCUCAAAAUGUGUGUUAACAGAUGUUUGCGCAGGUAUCUUUUCUUCUUUCCGAUCUCGUCUUUAGAAAUCGCGCGUCGGUCUGUUGUACGACAGUUUAAUCAUCGAAUAGUGACCGGAUACACCCAUUUGGGCUGUGCGGCACAGACUGUGUCCCCGACGUCCCCGGUCCCCGGUAUAGCGUAUAACUUUGUAGUUAGUCUCGGAGAUGGCUCCACCAUCACCGAAAGUGAUUGGCUAGCACUGAUGAUUGGUCUACGAGGAAUAAAGGCCCGCGAUUGGUCCGAGAGGACCGGAAGGCCGAAGACGACGAAGCGAGUGAGGAGAAAAUUGAAUCGUGGUACUUUGUCUGGAGGGACGGAAAUCCAUUGGGCCCGUAAGGAGAGAAUUAUGGCGCGAGUGAAGUAAGUUCUGUAUGUCGGGCGGUCUCUACACGAUAGAAAUUUGCGAGUGUAAGCUACAACAAUAAAACGAUUGUAAGCAAGUGAUCAACCUGCCUGAUUUAGUGUUUCUUACUGACGUUAUUAUACCUUCUAGUAGUUCUUACCGGCAUUCCAUCCCAUCAAACCGCUCAGCGCUCACACAAGCAUUGUCUACGGCCGGUAUUCAUAGUCAAAUCUUAUUUCAAGAUCGUCUCAAGCAAUGUCUUAAGAUGCUAAUACGGCUCUGUGAUUGGUUGAUGGCAUCUUAAGACAGUACUUAAGAUGAUCUUAAAUAUAAGAUCCGACUAUGAAUACCGGCCUACGUCUCUCCCUUUAGCGGAGAGCUCAAUUUAUUCCUUACAAUAGAUUCUUAUAUAAAAUAUAAGAAUAUGAUACUUUUAUGAUAGUUUUACAGUGUAUAAAUCGUAAUUGCAAAAGAUUUUUUACGUUUUAUUUUUUUGUGUGUUACUAUGUACAGUACAAGAUCUAUAGCGAUACUUUUGAGAUGCUGAUAAGCAAAAUCCGCCAGAGCGUAAUUUUCUCGUUUUUAGAAAUAAAAAAGAGAAUAUUUGUUAGUAAUACUAAUUACAUAUCCCCUUAUUGGUUUUAUAACCACAUCUUUUUUUCUUUACAAUAAAAAUUGUUAAUUAUAUAUUUGUUAUGUAUUAUAUCUGAUUGGUAGAACUCUAUUGGUUAAGAAAUUUGUAUCGUCAAGAAUUGUUACAUAAAUAUUUACCGAGUUAUUUAAAUAAAAAAAUAAAAUGGUA